UAUGCACAGACACUUCAUUGACCUAUCAGAUGCCCUAAAACGGCUUUCCCCCUUUCUCGCAAGUCCCCAAGCCCAACCUGGACCUUCUUCAAGGAAAUUAUUUGUUUGGCAAGGAAAUCGCAGAAAAGCAAGCAAUCAAGAGAGGAUCCAUUUCCCUUCACGUCCAAAAAAUUACACCAAAACUUCAACCCUUCUCUUCUUUCAUCAUCAUCAACUUCAAUUUUCUGCCUUGUCACAGAGCCUCAUCGUCAACUCUACCCCGACAUUCGUUUUUUUCGUUCCUCUAAUUGCCAAUUAGGCUAUUUCUUGGAAUAGGAGUUUGACUUUUUAUUCAUUCAUUGAUCUGUCAAGUAAUUGUCAGGAGAAAUGGCGGCGCAAACCAUCUACCCUACCACCCACGUCGGUUUCGACAGCAUUACCUCUCAGAUUGAGCGCAAGCUCUUGAAGAGAGGAUUCCAGUUCAACGUCAUUUGCGUUGGCCAGACUGGUUUGGGAAAAUCGACUUUGAUCAACACCAUCUUCGCUUCUCAUUUGAUCGAUUCCAAGGGUAGAUUGGUACCUGAUGAGCAGAUCCGCUCUACCACCGAGAUCCACCCUGUCUCGCAUCUCGUCGAGGAGAAUGGCGUCCGCCUGAAGUUGAACAUUGUCGACACCCCGGGCUAUGGUGACCUAGUCAACAACGACCGCUGCUGGGACCCCAUCGUCAAGUACAUCAAGGAUCAGCACUCCGCGUACCUACGAAAGGAACUUACAGCGCAGCGAGAACGUUACAUCCCGGACACUCGUAUCCACUGCUGCUUGUUCUUCAUCCAGCCUUCCGGACACUCGCUUAAGCCGAUUGACAUUGUGGUCCUGAAGAAGCUCUCGGAUGUCGUUAACGUUGUGCCGGUUAUUGCCAAGGCUGACUCUCUUACUCUAGAGGAGAGAGAAGCUUUCAAGGCGCGCAUUAAGGAGGAGUUUGCUUUCCACAACCUCAAGAUGUACCCCUAUGACAAUGAUGAGUUGGACGAGGAGGAGCGCUCGAUUAACACUCAGAUCAAGAGCCUUGUUCCCUUUGCUGUCGUUGGUUCUGAGAAGUCUAUCAUUGUAAAUGGCAAGCAGGUCCGUGGACGUCAAAACCGAUGGGGUGUCAUCAACGUUGAGGAUGAGAACCACUGCGAAUUCGUUUACUUGCGAAACUUCUUGCUCCGAACGCACCUCCAGGAUCUCAUCGAGACCACUUCGCAGAUCCAUUACGAGACCUUCCGUGCCAAGCAAUUGUUGGCGCUCAAGGAGAGCAGCGCACAAGGCCACGGAAGCAGACCGAUCAGUCCCGCCGCAGACCGCGAAAUGAGCCGGAGCUCUCAACGCAUGACCAUGAAUGGCUACUAAGGCCUCAUUUUUUCUAUGUAUGCUUUCUACGAGGCGUUCCCCUGGUUCACAGGCUUUCUCGUCCUGGCGAGAGAUCUCUAAUUUAUCCCCUUACGACUAUUAAAACGAGCCGCUCUCCGAUGAUUGGGGAACGACAUGGGAGAGGCGACUUGUUUUAAAAACAAAAACCACCUGCCAUGAGCCCAAAGUUGCUCUUGGGUGGGAUACCAGAAAUUGUAUCCGCAUGGAAGAACACUCCAGGGUCCGUGAGCCGUGAGGAAGCGUGCUUGAAGCUGAGUUCAGCAGCUAUAUUGACCUGCUUGGGUUGUUGAGGCCUUGUUAUGUGUGUUUGUUGGCCGAGCAAGCAGUAUUACCAUCUACACCAGUCUGGCGACUUGACGUUCUUAUUAUUUCCUUUUAGUAUUCCCCCCUGAAGCUUUCUUCAUUUUCAUCUACAGUUGUUAAGAUUAAUCACCGUGGUCAAGCCUCUACUGUACUCUAAUAAGGAGUCCGCUCUGAUACCUGAUGGAAUAAAUACGAGACUUAUGCCCAAAAAAAAU